AAAAAAAUGUCUUUCAUUAAAAGUGAAGUGAGAGAUCAGUAAACGUUGAUAAUAUUCAACCUCAACAAUUUUUUUUUGUUCGAAUUCCUCUUCUCCACUCAUGGCUCUUGCACCGCUGCCACAACCUCUAGCCUUUACCGUGAGGCGGUGGCCGCCGCAGCUGGUGCCUCCGGCCGAGCCGACUCCUCGCGAGAUAAAACAGCUCUCCGAUAUCGACGACCAGGAAGGGUUGAGAUCUCACAUCCCCAAUAUCUUCUUUUACCCUAAGAGUUCUUCCAUGGAGGGAGUGGAUCCCGCAAAGUUCAUUCGGGCGGCGAUAGCCAAGGCGCUAGUGUUCUACUACCCGCUCGCCGGCCGGCUCCGGGAGGGUGCCGGCCGGAAAUUGUCGGUGGAUUGCACCGGCGAGGGAGUGAUGUUCACGGAGGCCGACGCUGAUGUUCCGCUCGAUGCAUUCGGGGACGCACUUCACCCGCCUAUUCCGCGUUUGGAUGAGCUAAUCUAUCCUGUCGGUGGCUCCGAAGAAUUUCUCAAUUUCCCUUUGCUCCUCUUUCAGGUGACCCGUUUAAGAUGCGGUGGUUUCAUCUUUACAGUAAGCCUUAAUCACGUAGUAAGUGAUUCACCCGGCCUAAUAAAAUUUCUUAACACUGUCGUUGAAAUGGCACGCGGUGCAACCUCGCCAUCCGUGCUCCCAGUUUGGAAAAGGGAGCUAUUUAGUGCCAGGGAUCCACCCCGUGUAACCUGCAAACACCCUGAGUACGAUGAUGUACUGCCCCAAUCCAAAGCGAUAACUACGCCAUCCGACAACAUCAUGCUUCAUCGCGCAUUCUUUUUCGGCCCCGCCCACCUCUCUUCUCUACGCAGCUCGCUUCCGCCGCAUUUGCGCAACCGCUCCACAUUCGAAGUGCUAACCGCGUUCCUAUGGCGCUGUCGGACUAUGGCUCUUGGGUACCACCCAGAUGACGAAGUGCGCGCCCUUUGCAUCGUUAACCUGCGCUCCAGGAAGACUACUGGGUUAUCGGGUUCGUCUAUACCGCCCGGGUAUUACGGCAAUGCAUUAGCUCACGUCGCCGCGAGAACAACGGCGGGUGAACUAACCCGAAAUCCGUUGGGGUAUGCGGUAGAGCUGAUUAUGAAGGUUAAAGGAGUGGUGUGUGAGGAGUACAUGAAGUCCUUGGCUGAUUUCUUGGUCAUCAAGGGGAGGCCAAGUUAUAAUAUGACGAGGACGUAUCUUGUAUCGGAUGUUACCCGGGCCGGGUUGGGAGAGCUUGAUUUCGGGUGGGGCAAGCCCCGUUAUGCCGGUCCAGCAAAGGGCACCGUGGCUGCGUUUCACAUACGGUAUAAAAAUAGGACAGGUGAGGAAGGUAUCGUUGUUCCAAUUCGCUUGCCGGCUAUAGCAAUGGAUAAGUUUGCGAAGGAGAUUAAAAAGUUGGAGGGUGAUGAAUCUUUAGUCAAAUCUUCUCUAUAAACUCUCGAAAUUCACCUGUAUGUUGUGAUUUUGAUUUUGAAUUUGUAAUUGAUUAUUUGAUUUGGCUUUUUAA